CGUGGACUCAUACCUAUUUGUAUUGUAGGCGCAGGUCUGGUCUCAGCUUUGCAAGCAAGUUGCACUAUUUGUUACAUGCGGCAUUGUGCUUCACGUUCUUUGCGUGCCCAUCUAUGAGUUUUUUGUUGUAUUGUGUUCUGUCUUCAAGCUUGUGUGACAGACUGUCUCUGCCAACUGGUUUGCAGAACAGCCCACUGAGGAGGCCAUAAUAGAGUCGUCUCCCGGUCCGUUCUGUUGUAGUUGUCGUUACAGCGUUUGUCGGUUUGCCGCUUCUACCAUUUACUCUACCCGUUCGCUGUCAUUCUGUUUUGCCUGCAGCGCUCUACAAAUUAGCAAACGUGUGCUGUUAUUUGUGGUAAUUACGCAACCGUAGCAGCAACAGUCCUGUCUUGUUUGUUAUUAUGCCGUGUUGCCGAUUGGGGGGUGAGUUGCUGAUCCACGAAACAGCCGUAGCGGAGUGGCAUCAGAAAACAGAAACCCCAGUGCAGUGGCAGACUGGCAGAUAGGCAGACGGUGCUAAGCUAUUCAUCAACGUACAUUGAAUUCAAGUACCUCAGCAAUUGAGGGUUUAAUGAAUGCUACUCCUAGAAGUACAUAGAAAUGAAGUAACUGUGUCGUCGACCGGUUCGUGUGUGACUCUUCUUUGUUUGAGCGCUUUUCGGAUCUUCGCACUUCUUUACCAGGCAGUCACCCGUCAAGCGCCCAUUUUCUAAGUAAUUUUUUGGUUCGGGGCUUCCGAUUCUCCUUUAUUCAUAUGGAGAUUUGAGUGACGACGAAUUGCCCAUAGCAACAAUACCAAUAUCAGCAGGAACUUCAACAGGGAUCAUAAUAAUAAUAAGAAUAAUAAUAAUAAUGAACGCAAAGCAAUAGGAGUAGUUCUUCCCGUUGUUUAUUUUUUUGUCAGAUCGAUUGUUCAAUCCUCGUCGCCGAAAUCAAUGCACCCAAAUCGAUUCACCAUCAUUUCGACCAAGCCCUGCCAUCUUCGUAAACUAUAUUGAAACACGUUGACUUACUGAGUGAAGGCAGAGCCUGAAGAGAGACGAGUGUUCCUUGUUUGUUUAUAACUGAGUAAUAAUAACAGCAAAAGCAGCGCAUGCAGCGCAGAUGCUAACGGUGGCUUUUUGUAGCGUCAACAAUACUAUUCCACUGUGUCUAAGCAAACGAAGAGAGGUGUUGCGAAUUGGGCAGUUGGGCAGUUGUCUGCCCAACCGCCGCUAAGUGGCAGCUGCAAUAGCCACAAUCGCCCAUUCGGGCGGCAGAGAACCUAGCACUGGCUGUGUGGUGACAUCAAAAUGUUGGACGUAAUCUCAUUUUUUAACCUGCUUAUAUAUUAUAUCUGUAUCGGCAUUUCGUGGUUUUGCGUCAGCCUCGUACAAUGGCUAGUAUUCAUCAUAUUUCCGACGGGGUGGAACCCGUAUACGUUCUACGUGUGGACUGCGUGGACACUCGGCAUGUGCGGAAUAUUUAACGUUUCAUUAGGGGGCCGUGAUAUGUAUGUGAAACUCCUAUACCGGCUGUUUGCGUUUGGUGCGGUUAAGGUCGAGCGGCACCGAGUGGCCAAAGUGAUCCAGCGACGGAGUACUUGCGUCCGGCCCGACUUGAGUAAAUUGGACACUUCAAGAUUCAAUAACGCUAGUCCAGCUGGGGGAAGCGCCGGACAGUCGUCUUCCCAAGGCCCCAAUGUUGGCAAAAGUCAGGACCCGAUCCACCUCAGCGUCGGGUCACAACGAAGGGUUAAUUGUACUCAUGAGCCGGACACUGAGGACGAAGAACUUCUUUCCCCGUCCAAAGAGAUGAUUGAGAAGGACAAUAUGCAAGUGGCCCCAACUCAGCCGCUAGUGACGCUCGAACGACCGGUCGGCAAGGACUUUCAAUUAAACGACGUUUUUCCGUUGAUUAAAAGGGGCGUUGAAGCGAUUGUCGACGACGACUUCACGAAACGAUUCGCAGCCGAAGAGCUCGCUUCCUGGAACCUACUAACCCGCACUAAUAAGAACUACCAGUUCAUCAGUUGGCGUCUGACGGUGGUAUGGGCUUUGGGCUGUUUGAUCCGGUAUCUUCUUCUAUUCCCUAUCCGUGUGAUCCUUACUUUCCAGGCUGUGUUAAUUCUUGUUAUUUUCGGCUCAUUCAUUGGAUUACUGAAAGACUCCAGGUGCCCUUCCAGGUUUACUGCACGAUUUAAACGGUGGUUGUACUCGACGGUAUCGUUGGUAGUGUUCCGAAUGAUGGGCCGCGCCAUUUCGGCAACGAUUACUUACCACAAUCUGGAGAAUCAGGCAAAGCAGGGUGGCAUAUGUGUCGCUAAUCACACUUCACCUCUUGAUGUUUGCAUCCUAUGCCAAAAUAACGUCUACGCCAUGGUCGGCCAAAACCAGGGAGGUUUUCUAGGUCUUCUACAAAACUAUCUGAGUCGCAUGUGUAACCACAUCUGGUUUGAGCGUGGGGAAGACAAAGAUCGGCUGGAGACGGCUGCCCGAAUGAAGAAACACGUUGACAAUCCCAACAACCUGCCCAUUUUGAUCUUCCCAGAAGGCACCUGUGUCAAUAACACUUCCGUCAUGAUGUUCAAGAAAGGAUCCUUUGAAGUUGAUGCGCCCAUCUACCCGUGUGCUAUACGAUACAAUCCAGCAUUUGGUGACGCUUUCUGGGAUUCGUCGAAGCACGGUUACGUGAUGUAUCUAUUACGAAUGAUGACAUCGUGGGCAAUCGUUGCCGACGUGUGGUUCAUGGAGCCAAUGCGUAAGAAGCCCGAUGAAACGAGUAUGGAGUAUGCUAAUAGGGUUCGAUCGAUAAUUGCGAAUCGUGGCGGCAUGGUCGAACUUCAGUGGGAUGGCAUGCUAAAGCGUGGCACUCCUAAAGACGAAUGGAAAUACUAUCAGCGAUUGCAUUUAGGCAAGCAGAUUGGCUAUGUCGAGGAUGAAAAAAAGCCAGUCGAACUGAUUCAAAAGGAGCAGGAAAAACGAAGUGAAAAAAUAGAUCACUCGGCGUUGUGGACGUACACGCCAAAAGAGGAGGAUGUGCCAGCUUGGCUAAAUGUUACCAAACCGCCGAAUCCUGAAGAGCUGCUCAAGAACGGCAAGGUUGAGUAAAAGCAAUAAUGUGCCACAAGAGAAAAUGUUUUGGCUAGAGUCUACACCCUUCCUACAGUGUUCAGUUAAUCGAUGCAGAAGCCAUUAGAGAGACACAAAGCUGUCUUUAUUCUUUCCUUACGCUAGGAAAAAGGUGGGCAAAAAAACCCAAGGACCUUUUAGUAUUUAAAUGACGUAAUGCAUCAGUCUGCGGUGCGUUGCGUGUCAAUUAGUACAUGUGCUUAAUGGGUGUGAAUGAACGAAUAGAUGUGAAGGGUUCCACUGCACGGAUGGACAACUGCUUAUUAUAAAGCGGGCCGUUGAGGCAUUUAAUGAUGCUGCUGAUGAACGCAAGCCCGGACAACUUUCAAGGUUCGAUGUCAAAUCAAAGACGAAAAAUGAGGCUAUGUCUGUUUUUCAAAACCAUCCUGCCAUCUGUUGCUGCAUGAUUGCUCGAACAACCUACUGUAACAGAAUGAUAUUAGAAGAGAGUUCUCAUCGGCUCUUCACGACCGUUCAUAGCGAAGUUCUCUCGUAUCACGGUUGCAUUUGCAUGAGCUGAACGCAUCCGUGCAUACGACUCCAUCCAGCAUAAACUAAUGAUUUACACGUUACGGCUUAUAAAAGAAAGGUUCAGUGUUAAAGGGUGACGACCUACGAAGUGAAGCACCCUGACCGGUAAUGUUGUAAAGCAGGGGACGAUUUAUUAUGAUAGGAUGGUUAUUAUAACGAUGAUGACACACUAGUAUAUUUUAUAUUUUUGUCUUAUUUUUACUAUGCCGUUCAACGUACCGACGAUAAUUACCGUAUUAAUUACUUCUGGUGUAUGAUGCCGAUGCUCCACUAUCAUUCCUCAUCAAUAUGUGAAUGAACACUUUAAUUUUAACAAAACUUAAUAUAAAAUCCGAAAUGAACCUGUACUAUAGAUUCCUAUGAAUAUGCGCACACACACAAACGUGCGCACGCGCACUCCCACGCAGACAUAGAAGGAUAGAGAUAUUUGAUUAACAAAGUAGGACGAGGAAUAUUUCUUUCUAGCUCGAGCGUUCAACAGACAAAGGAAUAGAAUAUCGAACUCCUAGUGGACCUCGACGUUGAUUGUUAGUAUGCGUCGAUGUUUCUAAAGGUGCCUACAAGCUCCUGUUAAAACUGUACACACAAUAUCGAUGAGAAGAAUAUAAAGGAAAAUGCUGUAUAUGCAUCUGACAGGGAUAGAGAAAUAACUAGUACGUGAAUUCUGGCAACUCUGGUUAUAGAAAGAACAGGAUAUAGACGACAAGCAGAGUGAGAUUUACGAACAUGAACAGAUCGAGGGCUCGAAAUACCACUGAUAAGACUGAGUGCCUCCCGCCCCUUGUUCAAUGGCGAUGGAAAGGUUCUAGUCCAAAGUAGAGAAGAGAUAUAAGCCCUAGAUCAGUGUCUGUCACAUUCAAAAAUGUUUCUGGACACGUAUAUUACAUAAAUACAUACAUAUAUGUAAUUAUGAUAUAAAAACUGUAAUGAGUGAGGCUGCUGCGCGGCGGCGCAUCAUGUUGGUUGUUAUUUUUUUGAUGGAACGAAGAUGAAAAUAGCCUGAUAUUGAACUAAAGGUAAAGGAAUAGAAACGAUGGAAACAAACAAAAAAAGAAAAUAGAUGUCACUUAUUUUAGAGCCACUGUCGCCAUGUUAUCCACCCAGCCGGGCGGACAUUUGUAAAAUAACAUAAGACAAAAUCGAUCUACAUGCAUGAUAAUACGUAGCACACCUGGAGGUAAGUAUCAUUACCUUGUGUCAUCACAAUUAUUAUGACUGAUCUUAUGGUUUUGUCAGUAAAAUGAAAACAAAAUGAAGUGAUACAGUUUAAUAAAUCAAGGGAAAAAGAGGAAAGUUAUGUAAGAAACGAGAAGAUUUCACUGAGUUUUAAGCAGAAAAAUACCUCUGCAUAUAUAUAUAUAUAUAUAUAUAUAAGCAACUGGUAUGUGGUAAAUCGUAGUUAGUACGAUUUUUACAUUGACUACAACGGUACUGUGAGUGGCUUCUUGGACACUAAGAAUGUUUAGGAUGCACAAAGCAACGAUGAAGGCGAUCAUAUAAUUAUAAAAAAAAUUAGGGCAAAAUGCAGAAUAUUAUAUUACUAUAAACAUAAAAUACAUGAGAAGUAAUGUUACAAAGAAAAAAGGCGAGUAAAAACGACGAUUAGAAACUCAGGGCUACAAUGUAUUGCCGCAGAUUACAGGGUUAGCAGACUUAGAAGAGAAAAUAUAUCUAAUUUGUUACGAUAUAGCAUAUUGGGAGAAAAAUGAGCUCAGUUUGCGCGCUAUUGAGGAAGACUAUCCUUAGAUAAUGAGAUACACGUCAUUCAUUAGUUGGAAGUCGUUUGACAAAAAUACCUAUUGAACACUCAAGAUUUUUUCGUUUAUUUAAGGGAGAUUUUGCUGUUCAAAAAAUCAAAAGAAUAAUUAUAGCUUCAACAAAGUUUCAGCAAAGAAAAGACAUGAUAAAAUUCACUAUUGCAACAGAUGGGGGAUUUGCAAAGCCACGAAGUUUAUGUACUCAGGCGUAAGUGCGCAAGCACAUAACACGAGGGCGAAUCUUUCAGAAGUGUUCGAGUGUCAAUUUUUGGUAACAAAAUUUGGUCUAAUUAAAGGAAAAAAAAUUAUAGCAUUGCUACUUACACUGUACUCGACAGUUUCUGCCCAUGAAAACGAAAUAAAUUGCAGCUAUUUUUAGAUAUUUUGGCGAUGGGUUGUUUGUAUAAUUUAAUGCUUUUAUAUAUUAUUAGCUGCGUGACACAUGUACUAGUAUUAAACCUUUGAAACUGGAAAACCCUCGUCUGUCAGUGUGUUAACGGCGCAUUGAAGCAAAUCGAUUUGUAGAAGCAUGCUCAAAAUGCUAUUUACGUAUCUCCAUGGAGUACGUCCACUUGGCUCGAAAUAUAUUUUGAAAUUUAGAUCUGAGGUUUGUGAAGCAGCAUACUAGGUAGAUUCUGUGCAAAGUCAUUUUUGUAUAUAAGGCAGAUGGAAUCCAGGAGCUAAGAAUAGUAUCUACGUGGGCUUAAGUAAAAAGUUACAAGAGUCACAGCUCAACUUUACCGAAAUGAACCAAGGUAAAGAUACAACUAAUCGAAGGUGGUUACAAGUAAAUUUGUAGUAUCUGUAAUUGUUUUAGGACAACUAUCCCCUAUUAAAAAAAAGUUUGCUAAUAAAACCAACAAAUCGUGCAUACAAAAACCUUGUCUGAAGAUAAUGGCUCGGACAGUGGGGAAAAAGGAUAUGAAAAUUUUGUGAAGCUAAAUUAAUACUCUCUUUCAUUGGUACCUCAAAGUUCACUGCUAAUAUUAUGAAAUUAUUAUUAUUAAAAAUAUUCCUAAAAACUAAUUCUAUUUUAUUACGGAACUUGUUUAAAAAAAGUAUCUUUCCCUUUUACUCUCCUACAUAAAAUGAUCUUAGAUCCUUUCAUAUAUAUCGCUAAAGGCAUGUGUUGAAAAUGGCUACGAACAGUCCACAGCGUCUAAAUGGAAUGUUUUUUCAGUGCUUUGUUUCUAGGAGUAAUAAAAUAAAAACAGAUAGUUCAAUAAAAUAUAAUGCUAAGUAGCUUUGAAGUGUACUACAAAAAUUCCGACAUUGUUUUUAUCUAAUAGUCAAAAA